AUGGGGACAGAGGUGGCCGUACAGAGAAAGGUGCAGCGGGACUUGUCCUCCCAUCAUGUCCGAGAUGGAUAUAAUGAAGGCUGUGGAGCACCCCCUAUGGUCCAGUUGUUUCAGAUCAUGGAAACCCCUGGAAAUGUCCACAUUGUGAUGGAGCAUGCAGGUGAAAAUGCAGGUCCUAUAGGCAAGGUAUGUCAUCCACUCCCACCUGUUGACCAAGGUGCAAAGCCUCAUCUCAAAAUUGCUGACCAUGCAGACCACGAAGAGGCCCACGGUAGACCAAAUAAUGGGACUGAGCCAGGCCUGCUGGCCAUUCCCUUCUGUGGCCUGCUGGCCAGCACCCCCACUCCCAGCCUUUUGGCCCUUCUGCUUAGCUGGUGGCCAAGCAGCAGUGGGCAGGAGGCAGAGAGCAAGCCUUUCCAGGCUGUGUUAUCAGAACAAAGCUCUGUCUCCACCAAGCAAGGCUAUGGUGGGACAAGUGGCUGUACCUGUGACACCAGGGGCAAAGGGAGAGUGACAAUAGGAUUACACUGUCUCACAUGGAUAUGUUGUGCAUGCCAACUGAAAGACAAGCCCUGGACACCAAAUCAAAGUGGAUCCAAUGCAAGGAGGGCAGAUACCACCCAGACUAACAGACAAGUGACUCCACCCAAUGAAGGCAAGCACGCCAAACCUUCAGGAACAAAGUGGCUCACACAAAAGCACACAGCUGAGAUGCCAGCAAAGCCAAAUUCCAGUCAGGAAGACACCUGAAGCCACCUGGACACCGGUGGGCUCCUCCACUCCACCUGAAAGAGACAGCAGAGACUUUCCUAGGACAUCUGCCUCUGCCCUGCUUUUGUCUGUUCUUGCUCCCACAUUUCUGGGAUAAGAUGCAUCUCAAUAAAUUCUUAAUACAUUUCUGUUUCUCACA